UCAGUUUACAGCAAAACAUGGCAGCGUUCGGAGGUAGUUUUGAAAGCGCUAACAACAUCGAGGAUAAGAAAGAAUAUAAGCGUAAAGCCAGACAAGAGGUUCUUGAAAAGGCCAAACAGCAGUAUGAGAGGGAGGAGAGGAAGAAGGAACUGAAGAGGCAGAGAGGAGAGGACACCUGGAUGCUCCCUGAAGUGGACCUCAGACUGCAGGAGAUAGAGCAGGAAGUCUCCGGAAAGGGCAAGAAGAAGAAAGAGAAGAAGUCGAAAAAGAGCAAGAAGGAGAAGAAGAAAAAGGGGAAAAGGGAGAAGAAGAGCGCAGUGGGGGGUGAUGGGUCCAGCAACAGCUCAGCGGAUUCUGAGGACGAAUGGGUGGAGUCUCAGGCCCAGACGGAGGCCCCAGUCAAAGCCUGGAAGAUUCCUACUGACACCAAGCCCACAGAGAGCACCUCUCUCCCAGCCGCAAACAACCAGAGAGAUGAAUGGAUGACCUUUGACUUCCUGACAAUGAAAACCACGUCCACCACUGAGAAGAGGGCGGAAAAGGAGAGGCAGAAAGAGGAGCAGAGAGAGAAGGAACGCCUCGUGGAACAGGCUGGCCUCCACAAGUUAGAGCUGAACCCCUUCUGGAAGGACGGGGGGAGCGGCCUGCCCACGGAGGCCAACACCAACACUGCGGUACAGAAAGCUGCGAUCGUAGAUGACGGGGGACUGAGCUGGUUGAGGAAGAGCUUCCAGAGGAUGAAGGAGCAGGCAGAGAGAGAGCAGCGCAGCCUGGACGCUGUGGUUUCCGAGAGAUACGGAUCCAUGGAACAGUUUCAAAAGAGGUUGGAUGAGGCUGAGAGAGCGGUUUAUGGAGAGAAGAGAGGAGAGAGAGGAGAGGAGGGGAUGCAGAGGGGGGGAAGAGGGGGGUGGAGAGGAGAUGAUGAGGGAAAGGGCAAAGAGAGGUGGAGGAGAAGAGAGGGAGAUGGGAUAGACGGAGAGAGUUGGAGGAGACCGAAUGUGGAGCGUGGCUGUCCGGUUAGGGAUGAAGAGAGGGAUAGCAGAAGAGAGGAGAGAGGGAGGGACAGAGAUAGAGAGAGUCAAGGGCAGAGAGAUGUGGAGCGUGAUAGAGGUUGUGAUGGGGAGAGAGAGAGGGAGAGAUACAGGGAUAGAGAAAGAGAGAGGUUUGGAGACAGAGCGAGGGAUAGAGACAGAGAAAGAGAGAGGGAUGGAGACAGAGAGAGGGAUGGAGACAGAGAGAGAGAUGGAGACAGAGAAAGAGAGAGGGAUGGAGACAGAGAGAGAGAUGGAGACAGAGAAAGAGAGAGGGAUGGAGAGAGAGAGAGAGACAGUGACAGACCCAGGGGAGCUCCAGACAGGCCCCAACACAAAGACCGCCGAGCCCAACGAGAGGGCUCCCCUCCUGGGUGGGGCCGGUCCCAAACGCCCCUCUCCCUUGGAUCUCUGAAAAGCCGCUUCCUCAAGCCCUGUGAGGAUGAGGACGAUGAGAGAGGUCCGUCCCCAGCUUCCACCAAACCCCCCGCAACCUUCCUCAAACCCAGCUCCGAUGAUGAGGCUCCAGACCAGAGGACAGCCAGACCAGCCUGGAGGAAGGGAGGCUCAAGGCAGGAGCCUGUUCCUGGAGAACCAGACCAGGAGCAAGCCACGCCCUCUCCACACGAAGAUCCACGCGACAGCAAAGCUGCUGUGGCCUCACCCAGGUCAGAGAGUGAGAGUGAGGAAGAGGAGGUGCUGCUGCUGUCAGAUGAGGAGAUGAACAGAUUGGGGGCCAAGCUGGUCAAGGCGGAGAUCAUGGGCAACACGAAUCUGGUGGAUAAACUGAAGCAGCAGCUGGAGUCGGCUCGUAAAGCCAGAGAGAGCCACCACGCACGGAGAGCAGCGAUGGGCCAGAAGGUACCGGGUCAGAGCGAGGAGGAUCAGGAAGUGCUUUUGUUCAGGACCGACCAAUCGGGUCGUGCUUGGCCGGUUAACGGCCCCUCUGGAACUCAGAAGCCCCAUGGAGGACGCAGGAAGAAGAAGGCGAUUGAGACCCACCAGGAUGGAGAGCGGGUGAGGUACUUCCAGGAUGAUGAUGGUGUGGGUCUUCAGGAGAUGGUGCGCCGGGAGAAGAUGAGCUCAGCCCAGGAUCAGAACGCCCUCUACUCACGCAUGGCUGGCAAGAUGAUGGGCAAGACAGAUGGAGAUAACUACACGCUGGAUGACAUGUUUGUGUCGAGUGCGGCCCAGCGGGAGGGCGAGGGCCGGGACGAGGAGCGGAUGAGGGCCCGGGCUGUCCAGGAGCACCGCCGGCUGGCCGCCACCAUGGACAGAUGCCAGCACUGCUUCAGUAACCCGGAGCUGCAGAAACACCUGCUCAUCGCCAUAGGGAGCAAGGCGUAUCUAAGCCUGCCAAGCGGCAUGUCUAUGGCGGAGGGUCACUGCCUCAUCGCCCCGCUGCAGCAUCACUGCUCUGCCACCGGAUUGGACGAGGACGUGUGGACUGAGAUGCAGGGCUUUCGCCGUGCGUUGGUGCGCAUGUUCGAGUCCCAGGAAGAGGACUGUGUCUUCAUGGAGACCCACAUGAACCUCAAGAGACGCCAGCACAUGGUCAUGGAGUGCAUCCCCCUCCCCAGGGAGCUAGGGGACAUGGCCCCCAUUUACUUCAAGAAAGCCAUCAUGGAGUGUGAUGAGGAGUGGGCCAUGAAUAAGAAAGUGGUUGACCUGUCGUCUAAAGACAUCCGCCAAGCUGUCCCUCGAGGUCUCCCCUACUUUGCGGUCGACUUUGGUUUGCAGGGCGGCUUUGCUCACGUCAUUGAGAAUGAACUCAAGUUCCCUCACUACUUUGGCAAGGAGAUAGUGGGAGGGAUGAUGGACCUGGAGCCACGGCGAUGGAGGAAGCCAAUCAGAGAGAACUUUGAUGACCAGAGGAAGAAGGUUCUUCAGUUCUCUCAGUGGUGGAAACCUUUUGACUGCACAAAGACUUCGACUUAGACACACACACAUACACUUUAUGUAAGACCUUUAGUAGACUAUUACUGGAUGUCGGAAAUUGUCAUUGAACAUGCAAAACUGGAAAUCUCUUUGUCGUGUUGAAAUUGUAACACAAUGGUCAUGUAUGUUUUGAAAAGUUGCUAUUUUACCAGUAAAGAACAAAUGAAUAUUUAAAAAAAAGAAUGGGUA